AUGAAAAUCCACUCAUUUGCUCUCAUCGGCGCCAUUUUUGGCUCUGCCUCUGCCUCUAGCAAUACAAAUCAGGGUCUUCUCUCAAACGGCCAGGUCUCACUGGGCGAUUGGCAAGCCGCAUACGAAAACGCCUCCCAUUUCGUCUCGAAGCCGAACACCACGGAAAAGAUCAACUUGAUCACUGGAAGCAGCGUCAACACCACCGAUGGUCAGACCUUCACGGCACUCGAGUUUCUCGAUGGCUCGAUGGGUCUCCAGGAUUACUACUACGUCUCGGCGUUCAGCCAGGCUUCGGGACUGGCCAUGACCUGGGAUAAGGAUGCGAUAUACGCCCAGGCAAAGGCCGUAGCCACUGAGUUCUACCUCAAGGGCAUUCAAGUUGUCGACGGACCUACUUCUCAGCCCCUGGGUCGCACGCCCUGGGGUGGGCGAUCGGUUGAGACGUUUGGAUCGGAUCCGUACCUGAACGGCAUUGCUACCGGAUUGAGUGCUAAGGCAUACAAGGAUACGGGUGUUAUUGGAGGAGCCAAGGAGACCAACCGUACUGGAAGCAUGGGAGGAGGCGUUGGUGCUGGCGGCGGUGCUGGAGGACCGCCCAGUAUGGACUCUUCUUCUUCUUCCGCCUCACCUUCCUCAAGCUCUACUGCGGCUCAGCCUUCGUCCUCCUCUGCCGGUGGAAUGGACGGCGGAGCUUCUAUGUCGUCGCCUUCCUCGUCUUCAUCCUCUGGUGCUCCUUACUCCUCCAACGCCGACACAAAGACCCUUCAUGAGAUGUACCUCUGGUCUUUCUACGAUGGAGUGCAUUCUGGCCUCGGUGGCGCGAUGUGUCUUUAG